AUGAAUGUGACUGACCCGUGGAGUAGCAGCAUUAAUUCGUCUAGCGAUAUUAAUCAGCAAAGUGAUUCGAAUCCAUCGUUGCUGCAGUUUGAAGACAACUUUGAACCAACCAGAUUCUCUGAACAAAGCAUCCAGAAACCACAAGAGGGAAGAUUACCUGAUUCGGAUAACUAUCUGGCUGUGUUAGAGAGGAAAUUGAAGAGAAUAAAGACGAACCCCAGCGUACUGCAGCAACUCGCUGAGCGUCGAGAGGUUUGCAUGCAACAUCUACUCAACGAUAACACGAACGGAAGAUUCGAUCGCUUGAAUUCAGAUUUGCUUGAGUUAGAAGAACCAGUCAACAAUUACGAAUUGCUUCGCUUUAUCAAACCAGAACAAGCACUGUCGGCUGCUGAAUUGGUGAACCUGGUAAAGUACGAUCAUCUUGAGCCGGAUCCAGGCAAUCUCCAAGAGCACGAGGCCCCAGCAACUGGUAAGGAGGGAGAAGAGAGUGGUACGGAAAGUUCAACCAGCCGCUAG